CAAUAUCGCCUUUAACUCCUUUGACUCAUGCCUUCCAGUUUCCAUCAGCAAUUUGAAGCGGCUAAGUCAACUGUCCCUUCAGAACAAUGCGUUCAACGGGUCCUUACCUGCUUCCAUCUCAAAGCUCGCUAACCUUGUUCUUCUGAAUUUGAGGGUCAACCACAUCACUGGCUCUAUACCUAAGGGCAUUGGCUCCUUGAAGAAGCUCAAAGCCUUGGACCUGUCUUACAACCCCAUUUCAGGGAGUUUACCGUCAACCAUGGGAUCCUUAAAAUCACUCGUGAUGAUGGACAUCAAGUCAGCAAAGCUGAACGGCUCUCUGCCUCCCACGUUUACAAAACUCCAAGUGCUUGAGGGCAUCACCUUGGCCAACAACCAGCUCUCCGGCUCGUUCCCCGCCUUCCUCGCCCACCUCUCAUCUCUUGCUAUCAUUGACAUGUCUGCCAACGGGAUCAACGGCUCUCUUCCCUCCUCACUCGGAAACUUCUCCAAUCUCUUUAGGCUCGAUCUGACCAACAACAGCAUCAGCGGAAGCAUACCAGAGUCCAUCGGCCUUCUAACUGGCUUGGAUACGCUCUACCUUGCAGGAAACAACCUGACAGGGUCUCUUCCUGCAUCUGUAUCACUGUUAACGAAUCUCUUUGCACUUGAUCUGCGGCACAACAACCUCUCAGGACCUCUGCCUCCCUCUGCUUUCAACUGGUCCAUGUCGGCACUCUCUUUGUCGGACAACCACUUUGAAGGGGAGCUUCCAGCCUAUCUUGGUGACUUCACUGCAGAAAU